AUGGAUCUUGUUUGUGAUCUCGGCUCAUCACGUUCUGUAGAAAAUGUUCUUGUCAUUGAUCGUGCUAACAAUCGGCAAUAUGUCAGUGGUACCAUCUAUUUGACUGCAACACACUUACUAUUUGAUGAUCCUGAAAAUAAGCGACAAACUUGGAUUCUUCUGCCAUUGAUAUCAUCUGCAGAUAAAUUACCGACGACUCAACAAGGCUGUCCAUUACGCGUCCGAACGAAACAUUUUCUUUCGAUUGAAUUCAUCAUUCCAAAAGAACGUGAUUGUACUGACCUUCAUGCCACAUUGAAUCAAUUAAAAUGUGACUCAAUCGAAAAACUUUAUUGUUUCAAUUACGUCGCACCGACUUACCUGGAAAAAGUUUGGGAUCCAUUUCUUUUAGCGACAGAUUUUGAAAUGUGUGAUACAUAUCCAUCGUUAUUCUACGUACCAACAUCAACUACAAAAGCGAUGCUCAUUGCCAGUUCGAAAUUUCGUAGUCGUGGACGGCUACCUGUACUUACCUAUCUUCAUCCGAAUGGAGCAUCAAUAACGCGUUGUUCACAGCCGUUAUCUGGUUUUAGUCAGCGUUGUGUAGAAGAUGAACAACUUCUUCAAUGUAUUUUGAAGACAAAUUCACAAUCAUCGACAAUGUAUAUCAUUGAUACGAGGCCACGUAUCAAUGCUGUAGCCAAUCGUGCGGCUGGAAAAGGAUACGAAAAUGAAGAUCAUUAUUCCAAUAUUCAAUUUAAGUUUUGUCCAAUAGAAAAUAUUCACGUUAUGCGUGGUAGUUUACAAAAAUUACUUGAAACUUGUGAAAUGAAAAAUCCGUCGAUGAAUCAAUACUUGAAUAGUCUAGAUAAUUCUUCAUGGUUGCAACAUAUCAAAGCUGUUCUGGAUGCUGCAAUAUUUAUCGCUCGAGCUGUUGAAGUUGAAAAGAAAAAUGUUCUUGUUCAUUGUUCAGAUGGAUGGGAUCGAACUGCUCAAUGUUGUUCACUGUCCGAAUUACUUCUCUGUCCAUCCUAUCGAUCGAUACAUGGAUUUCGAAUGUUGAUUGAAAAAGAAUGGCUAUCAUUUGGACAUAAGUUCGGCGAUCGAUGUGGUCAUACGCGAGUGACAGAUAUUAAAGAACAAUCGCCCAUUUUCCUUCAAUUUAUCGAAAUAGUUUGGCAAUUGACACAAAUCUAUCCGUCAGCAUUCGAAUUCAAUGAACGUUUUCUAAUAUCACUACAUGAUCAUUGUCAUUCUUGUCAAUAUGGAAAUUUUAUAGGAAAUUGCGAAAAAGAUCGACUUGAUCUACGUGUCAAAGAGCGAACUUAUUCAUACUGGAAUUAUGUUUUACAAAAUGUUAAUGAUUUCAAGAAUCCGGCAUUCCGUCCGCAAUCUGCAUAUGCAAGUGAAGUUCUUAUACCGACGCUUAACACGCAAACGUUAAAAUUUUGGUUGAAUAUGUACCAUCGAUUCGAUAGUUCAUUGCUACCAAAAGAAAACAUAUCGAAUACAUUGACAAAUCUUGUUGAUCAUACAGCAGCCUUGAAUGAUCAUGCGCGAUUGUUGGAAAAACGUAUUCGCGAGCUUCGUUCAGUGCUCGAUAAUGGACUGUCAUCGUAUGAAAAUAUUCAAAAUCAUGUUAGUCAAAGUACCAAAAUACUUCCUGAUCAUGACAGCAGUUCAAAUGGGAACGAACUUCCUUCAUCAACCAUCGAAACAAAACAAUCAUCAGCGCCGACGUCAUCCUGCGAUGUUGAAAGUGAAAUUCGUGAUGAUCAAUCGCUCAGCGGACAACCAUCGUCCAUCCCAGUCACUCUUCAGCAUCAAUCAAGCACAGAAAUCAAUGAAAUUCCAUGCAAUGAACGUAUUGCAUUUGAAUUGAAUUCUGUCGCGUUGGAUUGGCGUUCGUAUCGAACACCAUUUCAGUGUAUGUGUGCAUUACCAAUGGAUUCUGCUCAACGAAAACAUGUCUGUUGGCGAUGCGGCGAAAACUUUUGUUCACGUUGUAUCGAACAUGGCGUUCGUUUACCUGGUCUCUAUAGUAAUAGUGCAGCACCAGUAUGUAAAACUUGCACACGUUCAAUAAAAUCAUCGCUAUCGAUGAUUGAAUGUUCCAAGAAUCUAUCUACUGUAACCAUGAAACCAUCUAGCUUAACUGAUGAUGAAAACCAAAUUUGA